AGAUUUGUUUUGCUUUGGCGACGAAGCCGCAAAGGUUUGACGCAGAGUUUUUGGAUCAAGUCUGGAAGACCUUGCCUCCUGCUCAGGAUGUCUGGCUGGCCAAUGGAUGUAGAUGUUGUGAAGAAUGAAGAAGAGGAGUUCAAUACAGGACCACUCUCCAUUCUCAUGAUGAGUGUCAAGAAUCAUACACAGGUCCUCAUCAAUUGCCGCAACAACAGAAAACUUUUUGGCACUGUGAGAGCAUUUGAUCGGCACUGCAACAUGGUUUUGGAAAAUGUCAAGGAAAUGUGGACUGAGGUUCCAAGGACUGGAAAAGGCAGGAAGAAAGCCCAAGCGGUGAACAAGGACAGGUUCAUCAGCAAGAUGUUUCUUCGUGGGGAUUCUGUAAUCAUUGUUCUCAGGAAUCCCAAGUGAGAUGUAUUGCAGCAUUUCCCUGAAAAUCAUACUAAUGUAGGGAAAUUGAAAACCCUUUCGAGAGCGACUCUUAAGAUUGCUAUAGUAGUGUACAUUUUGACCUAUUUUGACUGUUAAAUAUCAGCAAGAUUCAAGAUUAUUGUAGUAAAUCUUGACCUUGCGACUUGUGUUAUCAUCUUGUAACCUAGUGUCUUGUUCCUGCAAAC